AUGGCUGGAUCCACCUCACAAAAGCCCGGCGUCUUGAUGCUCGGCAUCGUCCACCAUGCCAAGGCAGAGUUUGAGAAGCUCUCCGAAGUCGCAGACGUUGUUCAAGUUACCACUGGAACUCGUGACGAGUUCAUCCGCGACUGCGACAAUGGCAAAUACGACAACAUCGUUGCUAUUUCAAGGACCUACGAUUCCAUCACCGGCAGAUUCGAUGCCGAGCUUGUCUCUCACCUCCCCUCUUCAAUCAAGUUCAUCUCUCACAAUGGAGCGGGAUAUGACCAGAUUGACAUUCAGCCCUGCACAGAUAAGAAAAUCUCCGUCUCAAACACCCCCAAGGCAGUCGACGCUGCCACCGCAAACACCGCCAUCUUCCUCAUCCUGGGCGCAUUGCGCCGCGCCUGGAUACCUCAGCUCGCUCUUCGAGAGGGCAAGUGGAGAGGCGAGAGCCCUCUUGGCCGCGAUCCUCAUACCCUGACUCUUGGUGUCCUGGGCAUGGGCGGCAUUGGAACCGCGACAGCCAAGCGUGCCGCUGCUCUUGGCUUUAAGCUGCAGUACCACAACAGAAAGCCUGUUGACGGUCUGGACAGGCAGUUUGCCUCAAACGAAGUUCCCAAAUACGUUGGUUUUGAAGAGCUCCUCCAGAGCAGCGAUGUCAUCUCAGUUCAUCUGCCCUUGGGCCCGGCCACCCAAGGCUUGAUUGGCAAGAAGGAGCUCAGCUCAAUGAAGGAUGGCGUAAUCAUUGUGAACACAGCCAGAGGUGCCAUCAUUGACGAAGAGGCUCUGGCUGAGAGUCUUGAGUCUGGCAAGGUUUGGAGCGUCGGCCUUGACGUGUUCGAACAGGAGCCCAAGAUCAACCCGAAGCUGAUCAGCCACCCCAGCGCUGUCUUGCUGCCUCACAUUGGCACUGCGACCAUUGACACUCAGAAAGAAAUGGAGAUUCUAGUAAUUGACAAUGUCAAGAGCGCCAUCACACAAGGCAAAUUCCUGACGCUAGUGCCUGAGCAGAAACCUCUGUUGGCAAAGGUAUAA